AUGCUAGUUCAGGACCUCGAGCGUCUCGUCCGAUGGAGCAAGAACCGCCUCAUCGAGAUGCUCACAGACGCAUCCACCGACACCAAAGCCAUCGCCCUCCAGCGCGAAACAGCCUCCAUCCUCGAAACAGACCUCCGACAAAACCCCAAAGCCAUCCUCUUCUUCCUCAGCGGCAAGGGCCCCGUCGGCCACGUGCAGAAGAAGCUGCUCGAGUGGUACGCCCGCGCCGAGGACAAGGCCCGCCUCCGCGUCUCCUACGAAACCUCCUCCACCGCCGCGCACAGCAUCUACAUUGACCGCAUGGUCGCCUUCGAAACCCUCCUCACGCGCUGGGCCCUCAAGGAACAGUCCUUCCUCGUCUGGGCCGACGACAACUUUGAAGGCGAGCGCACCGUCUGGGAAGCCAGCCCCCAAGUCGAGCGCCUCACCACCACCAUCAAGGACCACGCGCACGAGUGGUUCCUCCGGCACGUCAUCACGCCCGAGUUCCUGGCAAACUCGCCCAUCCAGCUCAUGGACAUGUUUUUGCGCGAGCGACCCGACAUGAUGGUGCUCGCCAACCUCGUGCUCAACCUCCCCAAGAGCAAAUACACCCAGGAGAUCGAGAUGCACCGCAACGAGGCCGAACAAAUCCGUGGGGGCCGCGACCUCGCCGGGUACCGCUUGACGAACCUCGAGCGCGCCGUGCUCGCCGCCACCGUGCUCCUCCCCGCCGCCGGCCGCCUGUUUCGCCACGGGAGGGCCGUCUACUCCGAGGUGCGCCUGGCGCGCAUGUACGGCCGCUCCGAGGCGCAGUGGACCAAGACCAUUACCGACGCGCUUCUCAAGAAGGGCAACGUCGACGCUCCGCUGGCCAAGGAGCUCGAGGCGGUGCUGCCCCAGGUCGCGCACGCCGCCGCUGCACCGGCCACCGCCACCGCCGUCACAUCGACCGUCGCGCCCGAGGUCAAGACCCUCUGGCAAACCCUGUCCGACGCCCUCCCCAUCCUCAAAGUCCUCGACGAGUUCGCCAUCGAGCGCAUCAUCCGGAAGGGCUCCAACGAAUCCCACAUCAAGGGCCAACUCCUCGAGGAAAUCAUGGAGGCCCACAUUAUCCCUUGGCUGCGGAAGCGCGAGGCCGGCUUCGCUCUGGGUGUCGCCGUCCCCGAGGGUAAAACUCUCGAGUACAUUCCCGGGCACACGAUCCUCAGCGCUUCGGAAAGGGCUCCGAGCCAGGUCACGGAUGGCAUGAUUGGGUAUUGGGACAAGGACGUUUUCCACAUCCUCGGCAUCUUUGAGGUCAAGGCCGGUAAAAGGGCCCUCUCGAAGCCGAUCCAACGCGGACGGAACCCCGCAUCUGUCUUCAUCGACGGCAAGCUCACCCAGGUGCACAUGUCUCCGCAAUCCACCAAAUUCUUCGGCAUCGUCACCAAGGGUCGACGCGUCGACCAUCUCGAGACCCAGGUCACGGCCGCCGGCUUCAAAUUCGAGGCCAUCGCCGCCCCCAUCACCAACGCGGAACUCAAUUCGGCGACCAAGAGGCUUGCAGAGCUAGGCGCCGCGACGGUACCGAAGCCGCCGUAG